AUGCCGACGCUGGAGCAUGCGCACGAGGUGAUCCGGCAGUAUGGCCCCACGUUGUUCUUCCAGCCCAAGGAGGUCUACCUGCCGUCGUCCGUCUCCUGGUUCUUCAAGAACGGAGCCGCAUUGUACAAGCGAGGGGGAGACACCGCGGCCGGCCAUGGGCGUCACGUGCACCGACGUGGCCAUGUGGGUGUUCUGCCCGUUCAACGGCCCGGCGAGGCUCAAGAACUGGGCAAGACCGGGCGGCACGUCGGGGACUGGGAGCACUUCACGUUCCGCGUCUGGAACCUCACCGGUGAGCUCAUGGGCGUGUACUACUCGCAGCACAGGGGCGAGCACUGGGUGGACACCUCCGCGCUGGAGUACGUCGACGGCGACCGGCCCGUGGUGUACUCGUCCAGAAACGGGCACGCGAGCUACGCGUACCGUGGCGUGUACCUGCAGGGCUCGGCAGCGGCGCUCGGGGUCGGCAUCCGCAACGACGCGCUCGGAGCAGUCUAUUCGUGGACUCCAGCACCAGGUACCGCAUCAUUGCGGCGUAGUAUCUGA